AUGAUAAUUCAACCGCUUGAUGUGUUGAAAAUCCGAUUCCAAUUGCAAGAGGAACCUAUUCGUGGUAGGAAUUCUGGGAAAUACAAGUACAAAUUUGAGGGUGUAAUACAAUCAAUACGGUUAAUCUUUCGAGAAGAAGGGUGGCGAUCGUUUUGGAAAGGGCAUGUACCUGCGCAAGGGUUGUCCGCUAUGUACGGAUUAGUUCAAUUUUCCAGCUUUGAAUUCCUCUCGAGACAGGUAUGCUCAUUCAGAGCUAAAAUGGUGAAUGUCUUCAUUUCGGAGCACUCGGCUGAUUUUGUAUGUGGCGGUUUAUCAGGAUGUCUUGCCAUGACUUCUGCAAUGCCUCUAGAUGUCAUUCGUACAAGGCUGGUUGCCCAAGCUGGAAAUUCUGUCUAUAGGGGUACAACACAUGCAAUACUUCACAUAUGGAAAAAAGAGGGCAUUUUGGGAUAUUUUCGCGGGUGGAUACCAAGCAUAGCUCAGAUCGCUCCAUUCACGGGGCUUCAGUUUGCUCUAUAUAAUUUAUUUGUUGAUUUGUGGCCAAAGUUAGUGAAGCAUCACGAGUCUACUGGACAACUUGUGUCUGGUGCAAUGGCUGGCACUGUUGCCAAAACGUCACAGUUACCUAGUUGCGGACCUUUUAAUGCAGCUAUGAAAAAGAAACUUCCAGAUAGAUUCUUAUAG